ACAUUUUGCAAGUCGUAGGGUAAAUUUGUCUAUCUUGUUAUCUUUUGGGUGUUGUCUUGAUAGGCUAUUUAAUUAAUUAUAUCUGUUUGCCGAUUAGGCCUAUAUGAGUAUUUAAUUUACCAGACAUGAAAUUGUUUAGUUAGGGCUUUAUUUAUUAGAGGCUCAUUCAAAUACCGGCAAGGUAUCUGGCAUCUGGCAACACAUUUGUAGAUCUACAUCACUGCUACCGACUUGGGAUUACAACAAUACGAGAAAUAGUUCGAACAGUUUGUGCUGCCAUCUGGAAUGUAUUGAAAGACGAAUGUAUGCCCGAGCCUACUAAGGACGAUUGGUUAAGAAUUGCACAAGAGUUUAACAGCAGAGCCAAUGUCCCUAACUGCCUAGGAUCAGUUGAUGGUAAACACAUAAGGAUUGUAAAACCAGCACACAGUGGGUCUUUAUUUUACAACUACAAAAAGUACUUUUCUUUGAUUCUGAUGGCUGUUACCGAUGCCAACUACAAAUUCAUUUUUAUUGAUGUUGGUUCUUACGGAAAAUGCAAUGACUCAACUGUGUUCCAAGAAACAGUUUUUCACCAAAGAGUAGAGGCAGACACCCUUGACCUUCCAGAAGAUAAACCAAUAUCUAGCUUGAAUCCAGUUCCCGUGCCUUUUUUGUUCCUUGCAGAUGACGCCUUCGCGUUAUCACGUAGGGUUAUGUGCCCCUAUGUCGGAAAAUCUCUUGAUGUACGACGGAGGACCUACAACUAUCGCCACUGCCGAGGAAGACGUUUUGUUGAAUGCACAUUUGGCAUUUUAGCCAACAAGUGGAGAAUUUUACAUAGAGCUCUCAAUGUUGAAGUUGACUUUGCCAUUGAAAUUGUCAAAGCUUGUUGUAUUCUACACAACUAUGUGAGAGAUAAAGAUGGCGUACAGUUUCAAGACACUUUGUACAGAUUCCCCUCAUUCCAUGAAGAAGACGAGCCCCCAAGACGCGGACGUAACUAUGCAUCAAACGUGAGAAACAUUUUUGCCGACUACUUUGUGAAUGAAGGUGCAGUACCAUGGCAAAACGACUACUUGUAAUUUGACUAUUUUCCUGAACAAAUUACCUUUGUCAGAAAGAUUUGUAUGUUGAAACUAAUAAAAAGAUGAA